CUGCUGGGGAUGCCUGUGAACUUUGCAUUUCUCCGAUAAACUCGGGAGUCGUGGUGGAUGAUUAACCAGGUCCCGGGCUCUUAAAGCCAUCCCGUAACAGAGGAGGUGACCAGAGAGGCAGCAGCAGCACGUGGUGCACCUCCUGCAUGGAGAGGGAAAGGAUCUCAAGUGCUUUGGAGGAGACACUGACAGGCACAGCCCUGGGAGGAUGAGCUCUGGGGGCUGCAGGAGUGCCUGAGCCAACUCUCCCUGCAAGGGCGUUUCCAUGCCCCCCGAGGCUGCCGCGCCUGGGAGAAGCUGAGCUCAGCAUCUGUGGUUCUCCCAGCAGCAUGAAGCUGAAAGGGGACAAGCAGGACAGCUCCGAGGGCACUGCAGGUGCCAAGGGGAAAAUGACACUUCCCCUGGCCCUGGUGGCUCUGAUUUCUGCCUUUGGCUCUUCCUUCCAGUAUGGCUACAACGUGUCUGUGAUCAACUCUCCCGCCCCGUACAUGCAAGAGUUUUACAACAGAACCUACCUGGACAGGACUGGAGCGCCCAUGGACAGAGGCUUCCAGACGCUGCUCUGGUCUCUCACCGUGUCCAUGUUCCCUCUGGGUGGCCUCUUUGGGUCACUCAUGGUGUGGCCCAUGGUCAACAACUGUGGCCGAAAGGGCACUUUGCUGAUAAAUAACCUCUUUUCCAUCGCUGCUGCAGUCCUUAUGGGAACCUCAGAGCUGGCAAAAACCUUUGAAGUAAUCAUCCUUUCCCGUGUUGUCAUGGGAAUAUUUGCUGGUCUGGCUUCCAAUGUGGUUCCUAUGUUCCUUGGAGAAAUGUCCCCCAAAAACCUGAGAGGAGCUGUCGGGGUGGUGCCACAGCUCUUCAUCACCAUUGGCAUCCUUGCAGCUCAGAUCCUUGGUCUCAACAGCAUCCUUGGCAAUGCUGAAGGCUGGCCUGUGCUGCUGGGGCUCACUGGGAUCCCGUCCCUGAUCCAGCUCCUGACAUUGCCCUUUUUCCCUGAGAGUCCCAGGUACCUGCUCAUCCAAAAGGGCAACGAGGAGCAGGCCCGGAGAGCUCUGCAGAGGCUGAGGGGCUGGGAGGACGUGGACGAUGAGAUACAGGAGAUGUACCAGGAGAACCAGUCAGAGAAGGAGGAAGGGCAGUUCUCUGUGCUCAGCCUGUUCACCUUCAGGGGCCUGAGGUGGCAGCUCAUCUCCAUCAUCGUCAUGAUGGCAGGCCAGCAGCUCUCGGGGGUCAACGGGGUCUUCUACUACGCAGACAGAAUCUUCGAGUCAGCAGGGGUGCCCAGCAGCAGCAUCCAGUAUGUCACCGUGUCAAUAGGUGCCAUCAACGUGGUCAUGACUCUGCUGGCUGUUUUCAUCGUGGAAUCCCUGGGGAGGAGGAUCCUUCUCCUGGCUGGCUUUGUGCUGUGCUCUGCCUCCUGUGCUAUCCUAACUCUGGCCCUCAACCUCCAGAGCACUGUCUCCUGGAUGUCCUACCUCAGCAUAGUCUGUGUCAUUGCCUACAUCAUUGGACACGCCAUCGGACCCAGUCCCAUUCCUCCUGUGAUGAUCACGGAGAUGUUCCUGCAGUCGUCCCGACCCGCGGCGUUCAUGGUGGGGGGCUCUGUGCACUGGCUCAGCAACUUCACCGUGGGGCUGGUGUUCCUCUACAUGGAGGCUGGGCUGGGGCCCUACAGCUUCCUCAUCUUCUGCGCCAUCUGCGUCGCCACCGUGCUUUACAUCUUCUUCAUUGUUCCCGAGACCAAGAAUAAAACCUUCAUGGAAAUCAACAGGAUCAUGGCCAAGAGGAACAAAGUGGAGGUUCAGGAAAGCAAAGAGCUUAAAGAUUCCUACCCCCUGGGCAGGCAGGAAGAGAAGAAAUCGCUCUCCAGCAGUGAGAUGUGACCCAGCUGUGUUUGGCCUGGCAGGAUCUGUUCAGCAGGAAAACAAAUACAGGGAUUCCUCCUCUGAUGCUGAUCUGACAAUCACAGAACUGUUAAGGCUGGAAAACACAUUGAACAUCAAAUCCAACUGCAAACCUAAUGCUGCCAAGUCCUCCUCUUGGUCCAAGGAAAAGGAAAUGGCCUCAGCCAGCUCAGUUCUGUGACCAAGCAGCCGAUGGCACGAGCUGAUGCGCGUCCCUGGUGUCCUGGUGACACAUCCAGGGGACACAAGCCAGCCCUUGGGCUGGGUGUGGGGCCGUCGUGUGCAAGGAGUGCACUAAACUCCUCUGAGGAACUGUCACUUGUGUGUUUGAGGGUCCAGCAAGGGGAAAUUAAGUCCAAUUUGGUAUAUCAGUGUGCUGCCCUCUGUUUUGAGAAAAGCAGAAUCAUUGAGCAGCUUGGCAGGGAUCUUGUGUAGAUGGAGAAUCCUUCACAUGAUUUACUUUAACCUUAGCAAAUUGGUUCAUAUAUACAAUAUACCUGUGCUCAAGUUUGUGACAUAAAAGUGCUGGAAAAGGA